AUGCGGCUGCCGGAUAUCUCUGAGCUGAAGGAGAACAAGGCCGUGCUGGGGGCAGCUGCAGUGACUGCUGCCGUGGGUGGCGGACUUCUGCUGAGGCGCGCUUUGAGGCAAACCAAGCCGAUCGCCGGCCCAUACAAGCCCGGCACGCUGCCCGAGGGAUGCUACGAUGCGAUCAUCGUGGGCGCAGGCCCCUCGGGCUCCGUCUGCGCCUUCUACAUGGCCCAGGGCGGCGCCCGCGUGGCGCUGCUCGACAAGGAGCACUUCCCGCGCGACAAGAUCUGCGGCGACGCGGUGUGUACCCCCGCCAUCCGCAUCCUGGAGGACAUGGGUGUGAUUGAGGAGCUGCGGAAGGCAGACGAAGUCAAGUUUGCCGACAACGGCGGCUUCAUCUCGCCCUCGGGCCUCGAGUACAUCGGCAACUCGCAGCACAAGCUGGGCACGGCGGCGGCCUGCGCCGUGCGGCGCAUCGACCUCGACGUUCGGGUGGCCAGGGCCGCCAGGCGGGCGGGGGCGGAGCUGAUGGAGGGGUUCGAAGUGGGGCGGGACGUGGCGUUCAGCCCGGAGGAGGGCCUCUGGACCGUCAAGUCAAUCGACGGCAAGGUGGUGCGCGGCCGCAUGCUGGUGUGCGCCGACGGCUCAACCUCCCGCCUGGCCACCCAGCUCGGCUAUUGCACAGCACCCCCUGAGGGCGUCUCCUCCCGCGCCUACAUCGCCGGCGGCUCUCACAAUGCCAACUUUGACGGCCUCGUCUUUUACCCGCGCUGGUCGCUGCCGGGGUACGCCGCCAUCUUCAAGCACUCCAAGGACGAGCUGGGCUUCUGCUACUACCUCAUCCCCUGCGGCGGCAAGCAGGGGCAGAUGGGAUCCUGCACGGCUGAGGACCUCAAGCGGCUGCACGAGAGCGCCAUCAAGCACGACCCCUUCAUCUCCCGGGCCAUGGGGCCCAACCCUAAAUGCGAGCGCAUGCGCGCCGGUUCUCUGCGCGUGGGUGGCCAGGGCCUCACCACCACCUAUGACGACCACCUCAUCAUUGUGGGGGAUGCGGCCGGCUUCAUCGACCCGCUGACUGGCGAGGGCAUCCACACGGCCAUGAUGGGCGGCAAGGCGGCGGCGGAGGUGCUGCUGGCGUGCCGCGAGGCGGGAGACUACUCCCGCAGGUCCACCCGCCUGUACGAGCGCCGCUGGAUGGAGCUUUUUGGGCACGACUUCAAGCUGUCCCAGAAGGGUGCGGAGCUGAUCUGGAAGUAUCCCAUCCUGCUGGAUGCAUGCGCUAACGAGGUGCAGCGGCAGGGCGAUGCCAUGAUGGUCAAGUGGGCAGAGGUGAUGACCAACCUAAAACCCAAGACCUACUUCCUGCGCCCCGACGUCGCCAUCCCGCUGGGCUUUGCCCUGCUGCGCGAGAUCUGGCAGCAGAAGGUUGUGGGUCGCCCCAGCGCGUAUGUCAUGCCCCCUGAUCAUGAUCAGCCCCAGCCCCGGAUCGUUGCCUCUCAUGAGGCCCCGACCAAGUAGAGCAACAUCGGGUCGGCAUGCGUCCGGGCCACCCUGCUUUUAGUGCAAACCUCUCCAGCUCUUCCGGGAUCCACUCACCUCUUCUUCGUUGCUGUGCUGCUAUUCAUCCACCUCGCCGCCGCCACCCAACGCAGUCCCGCCACUGACACCCGACUCCCGCAUGCUAUCCCCGCCACACUCACAUUUGAUUUGCAACAGCUGCUGCUGCCCCAAACGAACACGCUGCUAAUGGCCUUCUCCCAAGCCAGCACUCUGUCCUGGCUAGGGAGGCGCCACUCUCUAGUUCAGGUCUGUCCCUCCCCUCCCUGUAAAUUGCCCAGUCCAACAA